GUUUCCACUCUGGGGAGAGGGGGAUAUGGACUGGUGGUCUUUUCUCAUGUUAAUAGUCCACCCCUUCAGAAAUGUGCAGGUCUAAAAGCUUCCUCUCAAUCUAAAGCACCAGAUUCUGCCCAAAACAAUAUUUUAAUUCCUCUUAUCAGAAGCAAAUCAGUUUGAAGAGAGCAUUUGGGUCAUAUAGGAAGGCACGACUGAAAUCUGUUCCCCGCGUCCAGCAGGCUAGACAAGAAUACUUGCUUACAGUGAUAAACAAUGGGCAGCAUUCAGAAAAAAAAUUGAUAAUCUUCACGGAAGAGUAAUUUGAAUGAAAUUACACUUGACAAGCAAUCUCAAAGCAAACAAGGGGAGUGAGCGAGUACGAGCCAAGCUCUGAGGACUUGCCCAAGCUACUGCUUGAAGAUCCAGAGGAAAUUUUUUUUCUCUCUCUCUCUCUCUCUCAGCUCCUCUAAUAGAAGCUUUUGUUUAAUUCUGUGUAGCAUUUAGGACUGACAGGAGCAAUGGAAGAGAAUAUGGAAGAGGGGCAAACACAGAAAGGGUGUUUUGAGUGCUGUAUCAAGUGUCUCGGAGGCAUUCCGUAUGCAUCCCUGAUUGCCACCAUCCUCCUGUAUGCUGGUGUGGCACUCUUCUGUGGCUGUGGCCAUGAAGCUCUGUCUGGAACUGUCACAAUUCUGCAGAACUACUUUGAGGUGGUCAGAGGUGCUGGUGACACCAUAGAUGUCUUCACUAUGAUUGAUAUCUUCAAGUAUGUCAUCUAUGGAGUGGCAGCUGCCUUCUUUGUCUAUGGCAUUCUGUUGAUGGUUGAGGGAUUUUUCACAACUGGUGCCAUUAAGGAUCUCUAUGGAGAUUUCAAAAUCACCACCUGUGGCCGAUGUGUUAGUGGCUGGUUCAUUAUGCUGACCUACAUCUUCAUGCUGGCGUGGCUGGGGGUCACAGCCUUCACCUCUCUGCCUGUUUUCAUGUACUUCAACAUCUGGACUGUUUGCCAGAAUGUGACCAUCAUGGAGUCGUCCAAUCUCUGCCUUGAUCUCCGUCAGUUUGGUAUUGUGACUAUUGGCGAGGAGAAGAAGAUAUGUUCCAUGAGUGAGAACUUCAGCAAGAUGUGUGAAUCCAAUGAUCUGAACAUGACGUUCCAUUUGUUCAUUGUGGCUCUUGCUGGAGCUGGUGCUGCAGUCAUUGCUAUGGUUCACUACCUAAUGGUGCUGUCUGCCAACUGGGCUUAUGUGAAAGAUGCAUGCAGAAUGCAAAAGUACGAAGAUAUCAAAUCAAAGGAGGAGCAGGAGCUGCAUGACAUCCACUCCACUCGCUCAAAAGAGCGGUUAAAUGCAUAUACAUAAGUCCCCCAUUCCUCACUAACACCAGUUACUGCUUCGUGUUUGACUAAGCUAACAACUGACUUAUGACCCUGGUUACCAGUUCAGUAAGUUCUCGCUCAACUUAAAACUUCAUCUAAACAAACGGAAAAAAGGUGGGAGCCUCGUCAUUAGUAAAGUUGUACCCCUUUCCCUCCCCUCCACUUCAGCAAUUUCACACAGUUUUUUUUCUAUCACCUUUGUAAACCUUUUCCUAUGAAUUUUAAACACUUUUAUAUUUGUAAUUUUUUUUNGAAAAUAGCACUCUUUCUUCCAAGUCAUUUUUACUGAUACGAUUUACAAAAACUGAAAUGGUAAAGGGAUUGUGCAUCAUGAACAGCACUAUUUCACUCAUUAAUUAACCGUUUUGAACAUGUUUUGAACAGAUGUUCAGAAGUGCAAGGAGGUCCUUGGGACCAUGCCUGACCGAUCAAGUUAAUUCCUGGUUUUGAUGAUUGAGAACAUCCUUUUUUUGUUAAGAAAAAAAAGAACGAACUCCAUACCUUGAAUUUUUAUAAUUGUAGGAGAAUGUUUUGUGAUACUAUCGAUCUCAAUACGUUUCGCACUGAAUGACAAGUAUUCACACAGCAAAUAAGCUUUCUGCUUCACAAUAGCUGCAAAUAAUGGUGCGUAUCGCAGGAGCUUACUGGCACAGGAAAUAAACUCACAAUUCAACUUACUCAGAUUUUUAGACUCUUGUAUUUAAACUUUCACAUAUUUGGAGAAUUUUAUUUCCAUCCCUUUGCAACAAGGGAAAAAAUGCUUUAACUUUUAAUCAUUCCAGCACAAAUCCUUAACCGUGAACAGUUCAAUCAAAUAAUAACUGGGUUCUUUGCCAAGUGGAAAAUAGUCAAACACGUGUCUCAAACUACAUAGUCUCUGACAUUACACACACAAAAACAAACUUCAUUGUGAGCUUCAUGAUUUGGCUGUAAAUGACAAAAGUUGAUUCAAUAUUUAGAGAGAGAGAGUUUCGAUAAAUCUUCCAGUAAAAGGUGUCAUGUAAAAUCAUCAAGAACAAUCCAUUAAUACUGGACCAAAAUGGGUGUGUUGAAUUUCCUCUGUCUUGCCUAUUGAUACUGCUGUAUGUUCGCAGUAUGGUGUGUCCCUAAACCCUAUAGCCUGAACAAGAUCUUCAUCAGUGUUUUUGGAAGUAAAAUCCUAGUUUUGUCCACUUCUUGGACCAUUGUGGACUAUUGUGAGAUGUUUCUUGGUGUAAGUGCAUUUCUAAUGAAGUUAAAAGAAUUGAAAUUCUGCUUUAUACCGUAAUAGUCAUGCAACAUUAGUAAUUUUUAAGCGUUUUCUGUAUUAGAUAAGAACUUUGACUGUAGUUGUUAUUUGUGGCAUGGUUAUACAUUAGAUAUGAAGAUAGUUUUUCCCAGAGUUGACAGCAAGUUUUUUUUACACACUAGACUGUCUUACUGUAUCAACCGUUGUGUGCAGUAUUAUGGUUCUUAUGCUACCAGUAUUAUGCUGCAACUCUAAUGUAGUGUUUUGAUUUUUUGUGUGAUGUUAGGUUGUGUGGAUUUAAUCCAUGUCUUUUGAUUCAUAUAUGAUGUCGUACUCAGUAAUAACUUGAUGCUCUUGGCUUUCUGGUACUAGUCUUUGUAUUUUCACAAAGAAUGCUUUGUAGCAGGCUGUAUAAUUAAUCUGUUUUUGUACAUGAAUGUGCCAACAGCUUGAUGGUGGCUUUUUUUGGAUUGUAGGAAGAAAAUGCUUGCAAGAAAUUAAUAAAGAUAAAUUUGUGUACUUGUUA